AGGACCCGAAGGGAGGCAGGGCAAGAGGGAACCCCCCCACCCCCGCGGAACCCUGCCGCCAUCAGAGAGCAAGCACCUGGCCUCAGGGAUCUUCGGACCCAGCAGAAAGCUCUUCCGUAGGGGAGGUGUCUUCCCUGGGGUAGCCAAGGAGAGAGCCACCUGCUCCCCCCUCCACACCCCAUGACGCUGCUGGCAACCAGAUCGGGUCCCUAACCCUCCCCAUCACCCUCCCACCGGUCCUUACCACCCCCCCCCCCCACCACAACCACCACCUUCGCUGGCAUCUCCACCCUGCUCCCAGCCCUCUGAGCUCCAGUGAUCUUGCUACCUCCAGAGCCCUCCAGGGUUCGGCUGCCCUGAGCCCCACCCCCCCCAUCCUGGGAUGUUUGCCAGAUCUCUGGUAGGACGAUCAUUUGUUUGCGCUAUGCCCCCUGGUGGCUUGACAGCGUCUGCCUAGACCCUUGACCCCCAACCCUCAACUCCCAAGGCCUCCUUUGUGUGAGGAGUCGCUCCUCUGCUCAGCAGUGUGGUAGGGGGCUAAAAGGAAAGCCGACCCCACCCCCCCGCUGGGCCCCACCACCUGCCUGCUGGUUGGGCAGCUCCCCCUGGCCUUUGGGCCUCUCUCCCUACUCCCCUCCCUCACCCUCAACCGGCCCCUCUUCCUGGGCCGCCCCAAUGAAGGAGCCGGAUGCCAUCAAGCUGUUUGUGGGGCAGAUCCCGAAGCACCUGGAGGAAAGGGACCUGAAGCCCAUCUUCGAGCAGUUUGGUCGGAUCUUCGAGCUGACUGUCAUCAAAGACAAGUACACCGGGCUGCACAAGGGAUGUGCCUUCCUGACAUACUGUGCCCGCGAUUCAGCCCUGAAGGCCCAGAGCGCCCUGCACGAACAGAAGACGCUCCCAGGGAUGAACAGACCGAUCCAAGUCAAGCCAGCCGACAGCGAGAGUCGAGGAGAAGACCGGAAGCUCUUUGUGGGGAUGCUAGGGAAGCAGCAGACAGAUGAAGACGUCCGCAAGAUGUUCGAACCGUUUGGAACCAUAGAUGAGUGCACUGUGCUCCGGGGGCCAGACGGCACCAGCAAAGGUUGCGCCUUUGUGAAGUUCCAGACCCACGCUGAGGCCCAAGCAGCCAUCAACACCCUUCACAGCAGCCGGACUCUGCCGGGUGCCUCAUCCAGCCUGGUGGUGAAGUUUGCUGACACGGAGAAGGAGCGAGGUCUCCGCCGGAUGCAACAGGUGGCCACCCAGUUGGGCAUGUUCAGCCCCGUCGCCCUCCAGUUCGGAGCCUACAGCGCCUACACCCAGGCCCUGAUGCAGCAGCAGGCGGCCCUGGUAGCGGCUCACAGUGCCUACCUCAGCCCCAUGGCCACCAUGGCCGCCGUGCAGAUGCACCACAUGGCCGCCAUCAAUGCCAACGGCCUCAUCGCCACCCCUAUCACCCCAUCCUCAGGAACCAGCACUCCUCCUGCCAUCGCUGCCACGCCCGUCUCUGCCAUUCCCGCUGCCCUGGGCGUCAAUGGCUACAGCCCGGUGCCCACCCAGCCCACUGGGCAGCCUGCCCCUGAUGCUCUGUAUCCCAACGGGGUUCAUCCUUACCCAGCCCAGAGCCCCGCAGCCCCGGUGGACCCCCUCCAGCAGGCCUAUGCGGGGAUGCAGCACUACACAGCCUAUCCUGCAGCCUACAGCCUGGUUGCCCCUGCGUUCCCUCAGCCUCCAGCCCUGGUGGCCCAGCAGCCACCGCCACCACCUCAGCAGCAGCAGCAGCAGCAACAGCAGCAGCAGCAGCAGCAGCAGCAGCAGCAACAACAGCAGCAGCAACGAGAAGGCCCUGACGGCUGCAACAUCUUCAUCUACCACCUGCCCCAGGAGUUCACGGACUCCGAGAUCCUCCAGAUGUUUGUCCCCUUUGGCCACGUCAUCUCAGCCAAAGUCUUUGUUGACCGGGCCACCAAUCAGAGCAAAUGUUUUGGCUUUGUGAGUUUCGACAAUCCAGCCAGUGCCCAGGCUGCCAUCCAGGCCAUGAAUGGUUUCCAGAUUGGCAUGAAACGCCUCAAAGUCCAGCUAAAACGGCCUAAGGAUGCCAACCGGCCCUACUGAGGGCUCCAGGUCUGGAGGUAGCCGAGGAGGGACGCUUCAUACCUUCUUCCACGACUGGCUGCGGCCCUCCUCUCUGCACAUCUGCCCUGAGCCUUGAUUUGGGCUCCGGGGGCCCAAGCUGCUUGGUGGCCCGUGGGGACACAGGAACUGGCCCACUCCCACUCCGCCCAGCCUCUCUGAAGGGCCAGUGGCUUUGCUUCCCUGGCUCCACGAGCCUGUUUCCUCCCAGGUGCCCUUUUGGCCUUUGUGAGGGAGCAAGGAAAAGGCUCGAAGAUUCUGGAGCAUUUGCCUUCUGCUAGGGCUGCUGACAUGGGCUGUGUGUGCCCGUGAUGCCCACCUGCCUCCCCCACCUGUGGGCCUGUUCUAGCCGUGCAGGCCCAGGAGGCCAGUGGGGCCUCCCUCUCUUCCGGGCUCCCCUUUACCCCAGCCUCUUCCCCGCAGUAGGAGCUUCUCAGAAGCUGGUUCCCACCUUCCCCUCCAACCCUCAGCUAGAGGUAGGGUAUCCCUGAAUCCCGGGCUCCCAGCCCUAAAACUCACUGCCUCCCCCAAGAGCCCCCUCCAAGGAGGGUGUGGGGGGAGCCCCGAGGGCUGCCUCUCUGCCAGUCAGUCACAGAGACCUUCCUUUCACGAGGAAAAGACCUUUCCCUGAACCCCUAAAAAUGUUUACAGUCUCUGCUGGCCCCUCUGUGUAAAUACAGCCACCCGGGCCUUGUCCAGCCUGCCCGGACGCUGCCAUCUCUCUUUCUGGGAGUUUAGACAAUGUUGCCCUUGGAUUUUUUCUCUCACUCUCUUGAUUUCUCCCUUUGCUUUUUUUGUGGGGGGAUAUAAUUGGGUAUUUGGGAAGAGGGGAGUGGGGAGGG